AUGUUGGGCCAGCAGUGCGGGGCCAACAUCGGAGCCAGCGGCGGAGCUAGCAGCGGGGCCAACAUCGGAGCCAGCGGCGGAGCUAGCAGCGGGGCCAACAUCGGAGCCAGCGGCGGAGCUAGUAGCGGGGCCAACAUCGGAGCCAGCGGGGGAGCUUGCAACGGAGCCGGUAACGGAGUCGACAGCAGUGCAAAGAAGGGAUUGUCCACUGUUGAUGAUGAGGGUCAGGCUGCUUCUCCUGGUGUUAUUACCAGUCGUGAUGAAUGUCCAACAAGCGGAAAGUUCACUGAGGGACAGGUGUCCAGACAGGACCACAACAGCACCUCCAACAACCACCACAACAACGGUUCCUCCAACAACCACCACAACAACUCCUCCAACAACCACCACAACUGCAGCUCCUACAACAACUACCACCACAUCGGCUCCUCCAACAACCACCGCACCUCCAACAACCACCACAACAACAGCACCUCCAACAACCACCACAACCACAGCUCCUCCAACAACCACCACAACAGCUCCUCCAACAACCACAACUACAGGUCCUCCAACAACCACCACUACAACAGCACCUCCAACAACCACCACAACAACAGCUCCUCCAACAACCACCACAACCACAGCUCCUCCAACAACCACCACAACAGCUCCUCCAACAACCACAACUACAGGUCCUCCAACAACCACCACUACAACAGCACCUCCAACAACCACCACAACAGCUCCCCCAACAACCACCACAACAACAGCUCCUCCAACAACCACCACAACAUCGGCUCCUCCAACAACCACCACUACAACAGCACCUCCAACAACCACCACAACAUCGGCUCCUCCAACAACUACCACAACGACAGCUCCUCCAACAACCACCACAACAACAGCUCCUCCAACAACCACCACAACCACAGCUCCUCCAACAACCACCACAACAGCUCCUCCAACAACCACAACUACAGGUCCUCCAACAACCACCACUACAACAGCACCUCCAACAACCACCACAACAGCUCCCCCAACAACCACCACAACAACAGCUCCUCCAACAACCACCACAACAUCGGCUCCUCCAACAACCACCACUACAACAGCACCUCCAACAACCACCACAACAUCGGCUCCUCCAACAACUACCACAACUACAGGUCCUCCAACAACCACCACUACAACAGCACCUCCAACAACCACCACAACAGCUCCCCCAACAACCACCACAACAACAGCUCCUCCAACAACCACCACAACAUCGGCUCCUCCAACAACCACCACUACAACAGCACCUCCAACAACCACCACAACAUCGCCUCCUCCAACAACCACCACAACAACAGCUCCUCCAACAACCACCACAACCACAGCUCCUCCAACAACCACCACAACCACAGCUCCUCCAACAACCACCAAAACAGCUCCUCCAACAACCACAACGACAGCUCCUCCAACAACCACUACAACAGCACCUCCAACAACCACCACCACAACAGCUCCCCCAACAACCACCACAACAACAGCUCCUCCAACAACCACCACAACAUCGGCUCCUCCAACAACCACCACAACAACGGUUCCUCCAACAACCACCACAACAACAGCACCUCCAACAACCACCACAACAACAGCUCCUCCAACAACCACCACCACAUCGGCUCCUCCAACAACCACCACAUCAACAGCUCCUCCAACAACCACCACUACAACAGCACCUCCAACAACCACGACAACAACAGGUCCUCCAACAACCACCACAACCACCGCUCCUCCAACAACCACCACAACAACAGCUCCUCCAACAACCACCACUACAACAGCACCUCCAACAACUACCACAACUACAGCUCCUCCAACAACCACCACAACAGCUCCUCUAACAACCACAACCACCGCUCCUCCAACAACCACCACAACAACAGCUCCUCCAACAACCACAACAACUACAGGUCCUCCAACAACCACCACAACAACAGCACCUCCAACAACCACCACAACCACCGCUCCUCCAACAACCACCACAACAGCUCCUCCAACAACCACCACUACAACAGCACCUCCAACAACUACCACAACCACAGCUCCUCCAACAACCACCACAACAACAGCUCCUCCAACAACCACCACAACCACCGCUCCUCCAACAACCACCACAACAACAGCUCCUCUAACAACCACCACAACAACAGCACCUCCAACAACUACCACAACCACAGCUCCUCUAACAACCACAACCACAGCUCCCCCAACAACCACAACAACUACAGGUCCUCCAACAACCACCACUACAACAGCACGUCCAACAACCACCACAACCACCGCUCCCCCAACAACCACCACAUCAACAGCUCCUCCAACAACCACAACAACUACAGGUCCUCCAACAACCACCACUACAACAGCACCUCCAACAACCACGACAACAACAGUUCCUCCAACAACCACCACAACAGCUCCUCCAACAACCACCACAACCACCGCUCCUCCAACAACCACCACAACAACAGCUCCUCCAACAACCACCACACCAGCUCCUCUAACAACCACAACCACCGCUCCUCCAACAACCACCACAACAACAGCUCCUCCAACAACCACAACAACUACAGCACCUCCAACAACUACCACAACCACAGCUCCUCCAACAACCACCACCACAACAGCACCUCCAACAACCACCACAACCACCGCUCCCCCAACAACCACCACAUCAACAGCUCCUCCAACAACCACCACUACAACAGCACCUCCAACAACCACGACAACAACGGUUCCUCCAACAACCACCACAACAGCUCCUCCAACAACCACCACAACCACCGCUCCUCCAACAACCACCACAACAACAGCUUCUCCAACAACCACCACAACUACAGAUCCUCCAACAACCACCACUACAACAGCACCUCCAACAACUACCACAACUACAGCUACUCCAACAACAACCACAACAGCUCCUCCAACAACCACCACAACCACCGCUCCUCCAACAACCACCACAACAACAGCUCCUCUAACAACCACCACGACAACAGCACCUCCAACAACUACCACAACCACAGCUCCUCCAACAACCACCACAACAGCUCCUCUAACAACCACAACCACAGCUCCUCUAACAACCACCACAACAGCUCCUCUAACAACCACAGCUCCCCCAACAACCACAACAACUACAGAUCCUCCAACAACCACCACUACAACAGCAGCACCUCCAACAACUACCACAACCACAGCUCCUCCAACAACCACCACAACAGCUCCUCUAACAACCACAACCACAGCUCCCCCAACAACCACAACAACUACAGGUCCUCCAACAACCACCACUACAACAGCACCUCCAACAACCACCACAACAACGGUUCUUCCAACAACCACCACAACAGCUCCUCCAACAACCACCACAACAACAGCACCUCCAACAACUACCACAACCACAGCUCCUCCAACAACCACCACAACAGCUCCUCUAACAACCACAACCACAGCUCCCCCUGCAACCACAACAACUACAGAUCCUCCAACAACCACCACUACAACAGCACCUCCAACAACUACCACAACCACAGCUCCUCCAACAACCACCACAACAGCUCCUCUAACAACCACAACCACAGCUCCCCCAACAACCACAACAACUACAGGUCCUCCAACAACCACCACUACAACAGCACCUCCAACAACCACCACAACCACCGGUCCUCCAACAACCACCACAACAACGGUUCCUCCAACAACCACCACAACCACAGCUCCUCCAACAACCACAACCACAGCUCCCCCAACAACCACAACAACUACAGGUCCUCCAACAUCCACCACAACAACAGCUCCUCCAACAACCACCACAACCACAGCUCCUCCAACAACCACAACCACAGCUCCCCCAACAACCACAACAACCACCGGUCCUCCAACAACCACCACAACAACAGCUCCUCCAACAACCACCACUACAACAGCACCUCCAACAACUACCACAACCACAGCUCCUCCAACAACAACAACCACAACAGCCCCUCCAACAACCACAACUACAGGUCCUCCAACAACCACCACUACAACAGCACCUCCAACAACUACCACAACCACAGCUUCCCCAACAACCACCACUACAACAGCACCUCCAACAACCACCACAACCACCGGUCCUCCAACAACCGCCACAACAACAGCUCCUCCAACAACCACCACCACAUCGGCUCCUCCAACAACCACCACAACCACCGCUCCUCCAACAACCACCACAACAACAGCACCUCCAACAACCAACUCAACAACGGUUCCUCCAACGACCACCACAACUACAAAUCCUCCAACAACCACCACAACCACCGCUCCUCCAACAACCACCACAACAAUAGCUCCUCCAACAACCACCACAACCACCGCUCCUCCAACAACCACCACAACAACAGCUCCUCCAACAACCACCACAACUACAGGUCCUCCAACAACCAACACUGCAACAGCACCUCCGACAACCACCACAACAACGAUUCCUCCAACAACCACCACAACAGCUCCUCUAACAACCACAACCACAGCUCCCCCAACAACCACAACAACUACAGGUCCUCCAACAACAACCACAACCACAGCUCCUCCAACAACCACCACAACAGCUCCUCCAACAACCACAGCUCCCCCAACAACCACCACUACAACAGCACCUCCAACAACUACCACAACCACAGCUCCCCCAACAACCACCACUACAACAGCACCUCCAACAACCACCACAACCACCGGUCCUCCAACAACCACCACCACAACAACUCCUCCAACAACCACCACUACAACAGCACCUCCAACAACUACCACAACCACAGCUUCCCCAACAACCACCACAACAACAGCUCCUCCAACAACCACCACCACAUCGGCUCCUCCAACAACCACCACUACAACAGCACCUCCAACAACUACCACAACCACAGCUUCCCAAACAACCACCACUACAACAGCACCUCCAACAACCACCACAACCACCGCUCCUCCAACAACCACCACAACAACAGCACCUCCAACAACCACCUCAACAACGGUUCCUCCAACGACCACCACAACUACAAAUCCUCCAACAACCACCACUACAACAGCACUUCCAACAACUACCACAACCACAGCUCCUCCAACAACCACCACAACAGCUCCUCCAACAACCACAACUACAGGUUGUCCAACAACCAACACUGCAACAGCACCUCCAACAACCACCACAACAACGAUUCCUCCAACAACCACCACAACCACCGCUCCUCCAACAACCACCACAACUACAGAUCCUCCAACAACCACCACUACAACAGCACCUCCAACAACUACCACAACCACAGCUCCCCUAACAACCACCACUACAACAGCACCUCCAACAACUACCACAACCACAGCUCCCCUAACAACCACCACUACAACAGCACCUCCAACAACCACCACCACAUCGGCUCCUCCAACAACCACCACAACCACCGCUCCUCCAACAACCACCACCACAACAGCUCCUCCAACAACCACCACAACCACCGCUCCUCCAACAACCACCACAACUACAGAUCCUCCAACAACCACCACUACAACAGCACCUCCAACAACUACCACAACCACAGCUCCCCUAACAACCACCACUACAACAGCACCUCCAACAACCACCACCACAUCGGCUCCUCCAACAACCACCACAACCACCGCUCCUCCAACAACCACCACAACAAUAGCUCCUCCAACAACCACCACAACCACCGCUCCUCCAACAACCACCACAACAACUGCUCCUCCAACAACCACCACAACUACAGGUCCUCCAAAAACCAACACUGCAACAGCACCUCCAACAACCACCACAACAACGAUUCCUCCAACAACCACCACAACAGCUCCUCCAACAACCACCACAACCACCGCUCCUCCAACAACCACCACAACAACAGCUCCUGCAACAACCACCACAACCACAGCUCCCCCAACAACCACAACAACUACAGAUCCUCCAACAACCACCACUACAACAGCACCUCCAACAACUACCACAACCACAGCUCCCCUAACAACCACCACUACAACAGCACCUCCAACAACCACCACAACAACAGCACCUCCAACAUCUACCACAACCACAGCUCCCCUAACAACCACCACUACAACAGCACCUCCAACAACCACCACAACAACAGCUCCUCCAACAACCACCACCACAUUGGCUCCUCCAACAACCACCACAACCACCGCUCCUCCAACAACCACCACAACAACAGCUCCUCCAACAACCACCACAACUACAGAUCCUCCAACAACCACCACCACAACAGCACCUCCAACAACUACCACAACCACAGCUCCUCCAACAACCACCACAACACUUCUUCCAACAACCACAACUACAGCUCCUCCAACAACCACCACCACAACAGCACCUCCAACAACUACCACAACCACAGCUCCUCCAACAACCACCACAACACUUCUUCCAACAACCACAACAACAGCACCUCCAACAACCACCACAACCACCGCUCCCCCAACAACCACCACAUCAACAGCUCCUCCAACAACCACCACAACAACGGUUCCUCAAACAACCACCACAACAACUCCUCCAACAACCACAACUACAGGUCCUCCAACAACCACCACAACAACAGCACCUCCAACAACUACCACAACAACAGCUCCUCCAACAACCACAACCACAGCUCCCCCAACAACCGCAACAACUACAGGUCCUCCAACAACCACCACAACAACAGCUCCUCCAACAACCACAACUACAGGUCCUCCAACAACCACCACUACAACAGCACCUCCAACAACUACCACAACCACAGCUCCUCCAACAACCACCACAACAGCUCCUCCAACAACCACAACCACAGCUCCCCCAACAACCGCAACAACUACAGGUCCUCCAACAACCACCACAACAACAGCUCCUCCAACAACUACCACAACCACAGCUCCCCCAACAACCGCAACAACUACAGGUCCUCCAACAACCACCACAACAACAGCACCUCCAACAACUACCACAACCACAGCUCCUCCAACAACCACCACAACAGCUCCUCCAACAACCACAACUACAGGUCCUCCAACAACCACCACUACAACAGCACCUCCAACAACCACCACAACCACCGCUCCCCCAACAACCACCACAUCAACAGCUCCUCCAACAACCACCACUACAACAGCACCUCCAACAACCACGACAACAACGGUUCCUCCAACAACCACCACAACAGCUCCUCCAAUAACCACCACAACCACCGCUCCUCCAACAACCACCACAACAGCUCCUCCAACAACCACAACCACAGCUCCCCUAACAACCGCAACAACUACAGGUCCUCCAACAACCACCACAACAACAGCUCCUCCAACAACCACAACUACAGGUCCUCCAACAAGCACCACUACAACAGCACCUCCAACAACUACCACAACUACAGCUCCUCCAACAACCACCACAACAGCUCCUCCAACAACCACCACUACAACAGCACCUCCAACAACUACCACAACUACAGCUCCUCCAACAACCACCACAACAGCUCCUCCAACAACCACAACUACAGGUCCUCCAACAACCACCACUACAACAGCACCUCCAACAACCACCACAACCACCGCUCCCCCAACAACCACCACAUCAACAGCUCCUCCAACAACCACCACAACUACAGAUCCUCCAACAACCACCACUACAACAGCACCUCCAACAACCACCACUACAACAGCACCUCCAACAACUACCACAACUACAGAUCCUCCAACAACCACCACUACAACAGCACCUCCAACAACUACCACAACUACAGCUACUCCAACAACCACGACAACAACGGUUCCUCCAACAACCACCACAACAGCUCCUCCAACAACCACCACAACCACCGCUCCUCCAACAACCACCACACCUACAGAUCCUCCAACAACUACCACAACUACAGCUCCUCCAACAACCACCACAACAGCUCCUCCAACAACCACAACAACUACAGGUCCUCCUACAACCACCACUACAACAGCACGUCCAACAACCACCACAACAACGGUUCCUCAAACAACCACCACAACAACUCCUCCAACAACCACAACUACAGGUCCUCCAACAACCACCACAACAGCUCCUCCAACAACCACAACCACAGCUCCCCCAACAACCGCAACAACUACAGGUCCUCCAACAACCACCACAACAACAGCUCCUCCAACAACCACCACUACAACAGCACCUCCAACAACUACCACAACCACAGCUCCUCCAACAACCACCACAACAGCUCCCCCAACAACCACAACAACUACAGGUCCUCCAACAACCACCACUACAACGGUUCCUCCAACAACCACCACAACAACUCCUCCAACAACCACCACAACUACAGCUCCUCCAACAACCACAACUACAGGUCCUCCAACAACCACCACUACAACAGCACCUCCAACAACUACCACAACCACAUCUCCCCCAACAACAACCACCACAACAGCUCCUCCAACAACCACCACAACAACGGUUCCUCCAACAACCACCACAACAGCUCCUCUAACAACCACAACUACAGGUCCUCCAACAACCACCACUACAACAGCACUUCCAACAACCACCACAACUACAGCUCCUCCAACAACCACCACAUCAACAGCUCCUCCAACAACCACCACAACUACCGCUCCUCCAACCACCACCACAACAACUUCUCCAACAACCAACACUACAACAGCUCCUCCAACAACCACCACAACAGCUCCUCCAACAACUACCACAACCACCACAACAGCUCCUCUAACAACCACAACUACAGGUCCUCCAACAACCACCACUACAACAGCACCUCCAACAACCACUACAAGUACCACUCCUUUGCCAUUAGUAUCACAUAG